UAUACUCCAAGCUUUGAAAGUGUCGUGUGCCUAGUCUGUUUUUUUUUUUUGGAAAAUAUAGAAAAAAAUCUAUAAUUUGUUUAUCAAAAUUCUUUGUCGUGUUUCGUGACUUGUAUUUUCAUGUACAAGAAUCGAGUUUUCGGGUGUAGCCAUUUGGACAAUCGGUUCCCGAGUUUAAUGAACGAAAGACAUUAGAAUUCGUAAACAAUUAUCAUUUUGGCGACUACGAAAUUCCAGUGGAAACUAAAUUUGGUCCAAACAGGCAAAUAGAUAAUAUUAAAUAAUAACUAAAAUGAACAAAAUGCGAAAUGUUUUGAAAUCGAUGACGCUUCGUCUGCCGCAGUUGAAUCAAAUACGUAAUAGCUGCGGCGGUGAACCGAAGACCACGAAAGGUCUUGUGCUUGGCCUUUACCAGAAAGAGGGUGACAAUGAUCCCAAGUUAACGCCGGCUGGUGAAAAGAUCAAUGAUCGUCUGCAUGGCAAGUUGGCUGAAUUGAUUUGCGAGACAAAGAUCACUGGUCAUCUGGGGAAAGGCAAGGUUUUCAAUAACAUAGAUCCAGAAUUUCGCAGCCUGGCAGUGGUUGGUGUCGGCCUGGAGGGCAUUGGCUUCAAUGAACUGGAAAUGCUGGACGAGGGCAUGGAGAAUGUACGCAUAGCUGCCGGUAUUGGUGCUCGAUCCUUGCAAGAAGGUGGCGCUUCUGAGGUCUUUGUUGAUGGCAUGGAUUAUGCCGAACAGGCGGCCGAGGGUGCCGUCUUAGCCAUUUGGCGAUAUUGUGAUAUGAACUCGAAGAGGAAACCACCACACAUUCCCAAAGUCCAUCUAUAUGACUCACCCGAUUAUGAUAGUUGGACCCGGGGUGUCUUCAAGGCGGAGGCACAGAAUUUGGCCAGAAGGAUGUCUGAAACGCCAGCCUGUUGUAUGACACCCACACUGUUUGCUCAGGCCGCUGUUGAUGCUUUGUGCCCGUGUGGUAUUACCGUGGAAAUUCGUACCAUGGAAUGGAUUGAACAGCAACGUCUUCAUUCAUUCCUUAUGAUCGCCAAGGGCAGUUGUGAGCCACCCGUCUUGAUGGAGAUCACCUACUGCGGAACGAAUCCAGAAGAUAAGCCAGUUUUGUUCCUGGGCAAGGGCCUAACCUUCAACUCGGGUGCCAUAAACCUGAGGAGUUGCGAGGGAAUGGAUGAAUACAGAGCCUGUAUGUCCGGUGCGGCAUCUUGUGUGGCCAUGAUGCGAUGCUGUGCUGCAUUAUCGUUGCCCAUCAAUGUUUGUUGCAUUAUCCCACUGUGCGAGAAUAUGCCCUCGGGCAUGGCCUGCAAGCCCGGUGAUGUGGUCACCCUGAUGAAUCACAAGUCUAUGGCUGUAAGAGAUCUGGACAAGGCUGGUGUGGUUGUAAUGGCAGAUCCCUUGCUUUAUGGACAGAGCACCUACAAGCCACGGCUCGUGGUGGACGUGGCCACUUUGGGUUCGGGAGUACAAAAAGCUUUUGGAGGCGGAGCCACGGGCAUAUUUUCCAAUUCCCAUUACAUCUGGAAACAGUUUCAGUCGGCCGGAGCCCUCACUGGCGAUCGAGUUUGGCGUCUGCCUCUGUGGAAUUACUAUAAGAAACAAGUCACUGAUGAAAUGGGCUAUGAUCUCAGCAACGAUGGUAGAGGCCUGGCAUCAUCAUGUCUGGCAGCGGCUGUACUCCACGAAAUGGUUCCAUGUGUGGAUUGGGCUCAUCUGGAUACGAGGGGCACUGGCAUGUUGACCAAAUUUGGACUGAUACCCUAUCUGAGGUCCCAACACAUGACAGGCAGGCCAACACGCACUCUGGUACAAUUUCUCUACCAAAUGGCUUGUCCCGCCAAUCAAAAGUGAUGAAGAAAGGAUUUUGAAAUGCCAUCGGUAGAAUCCGAACUCGAGAUUUAUGUUGGAUGUAUUUGUCAGAACCCGUUCUUUAUGUGUAGCGUUUUGUAAGCAGUCCUGUUCGAAUUAUUGAUGAGUCCAAAGUUGAGAAAUUUUUGUGUGAAAUAAAAGAAAAAUGCAGAUUUUAAA